CCAGCAAGAGUCCGGAAGAGUGUAUGCAAGCUAAUAUAAGAAUGAAAGAAAUUAAUCAAGCUUAUGAAGUUUUGAGUGUAGAAGAGUUAAGAAGACGAUACGAUGCUGGCGAAAUUGACUUUUUUUCAUCACAAAAUAAUGAACAAUCAAAAGCGAUGGAUGAAAUUCAUGAAGAAGCGAAAAAAUUUUAUGCAGAAAUGUUUAAAAAAGCACUUGCGGUGCAAAGAAUGUUGAUUCGUAGCCGAAUAAGGUCAAAAAUAGAUCACAAACUAAGUGAAAUAGAAAUUAGAGAAGAUAGAAGUAUUGAAGGUUUUUUGGAUAAGAGCAAAAUAAACAAUUUCAAGGAAAAAAUGAUUAAGGCAAUUAGAGAGAGAGGAGCCGAACUUGCAGCUGGUAUAAACAAUCCUGAACUUAACAAAGUUAGGAGUGAAGUUAUCGAAUCUAUAGAAAGGUUGCUUGCUGACAAAAACUUAAAAAUAGAAGAUUUACCCGAAGAGCAUCGUAAUUACAGAGAGCAGAUAAAUGAUCUGAUAAAUGUGUGA